ACGUGGCCGAAGUCCAUCAGAAUGGAGCAUCUGGAUGAUUAUCAAGCCGCCGAGACCGCCAAUGACAAGCAAACGACGAACGCCGACGAUGAAGACGGUUUCGACCUCGACGACCUCCUGCCGAUCGUCGGCGAGUUCGGCCUUUACCAGAAGAAGCUUCUCUGGCUGGUGUGCCUCCCGGCGUGCCUGCCGUGCGGAUUUUGCGCCUUCAACCAGCUGUUCAUGGCCAACACGCCGCCCCAUUGGUGCAGGGUACCGGGAUUGGAGAGCCUAGACGUCUCCCGUAGAAGAAGACUCGCGAUUCCGACCAGUCAGGACGACAACGAAACCUACAGCCAGUGCACACGAUACGAUAUCGAUUGGACAAAGGAAAACAUAUCGAUCACGACGGAACCGUCGUCGAUGCCGAACUCGUCGUGGCCGGUCGUCCCCUGCGAUCAUGGCUGGGAGUACGACAUGUCGGAGAUAACGUCCUCCAUUGUGAUCGACUUCGAUCUGGUCUGCGAUCAUGCGAUCUACCCGACGAUCGGCCUGGUCGCCUUGAACACAGGUGGUCCUAUAGGCGUGUACCUGUUCGGCACCCUGAACGACAGAAUCGGCAGGAGGCUGUCCUUCUUCACCUGUCUGGCGACGCUGAUCACAGGUGGCUUUCUAACGUCGAUAUCGAACAGCUUCUGGACAUGGGCGGCAACGCGUGUGGUCGUGGGCCUGACCAUACCGGCCAUUUAUCAGAUACCCUUCAUCAUAUCUCUGGAGCUGGUCGGGCCGAACUAUCGGUCGUUCGUGACGGUGAUGACUUGCAGCUUCUACACAAUGGGUUUGUGUAUGCUAGCCGGCCUGACCUAUUUGAUAAGAGACUGGCGAACGUUAGCCAUAACCACCAGCGCGCCUUUCCUCAUGUACAUUCUCUACUGGUGGUUCCUGCCGGAGUCUCCGAGAUGGUUGCUGGCGAAAGGUCGUCUGGUAGAAGCGAACGCCAUCCUCGAGACGCUGGCCAAGGUUAACGGGAAAGAGCUGCCCGCCUCUUUCACCCAGAAACUUCGCCAGAGGAUGAUGAUGUCGCGGUCGAAGAGCGAGGAGGAGCGACUGCGCAACGGACCAGGUGUUCUAUCGCUGUUCAAGACCCCAAACAUGCGCCUGAAGACCUGUCUGAUUACCCUAAAUUGGUUCGCCAAUAACAUGGUGUACGUUGGACUCUCUUAUUACGGGCCUGCGUUGGGGAACGAGGAGCAUCUCAGCUUCUUCUUCUCGUCCCUCGCGGAAAUUCCCAGCUACAUGGCCUGCUGGGUGGUGAUGGACCGGUGGGGUCGCCGAUGGCCCCUCUGCCUCUGCAUGGUCGUUGCCGGGGUCUCUUGCAUCGCCACUGUUCUCCUCUCGUCCGACGCUGUAGCGGUCACGCUGAUUCUGUUCCUGCUGUCGAAAUCUGCGAUAUCGGCCUCCUUCCUAAUAAUAUAUCCGUUCGCUGGUGAACUUUACCCGACGCAACUGCGCGGCGUAGCGAUCGGUUUCUCGGCAUACAUCAGUGGUCUCGGACUUAUCAUCAUUCCUUUUGUUACUUAUCUGGGUAAAGAGAACUUGGUUUUGCCCCUCGUGAUACUGGGAUGCGUCUCGGUGAUCGGUGGACUGUCUGGUCUGCGAUUGCCCGAGACGUUGCAUCAUCGGUUGCCCCAGACCGUCGAGGAGGGCGAGCUGUUUGGAAAGGAUUGGACCUGCGCCGAUUGCAUCCGUUGCGUUCCAAUAAAACCCUCGUCCGCCGCAGCGUCCUACGAGGAUCUGUCAGCCAGGGAGACGGUGGAGAUGCACGAGGUGCCUGAACCGCCGAUCGCCAUACCUCAGAGGCUGCUAGAGGAGCAGCAGAGACCGAGCAACGCGAGCGUGCGCCGAUUGGUUCGCCAGUCCAGCAUGAUGGAAACGCAGCGGGACUCUGACGGGUCCAUUAAGAUGACUUACUGGUUCUAGAGACUUCGUGGUUCAAAUAAAAUUGAGAGAACGAUA